GCUGGAUCGUAUUGUAACAUGGAUGGCCUUGCAGCUGUCUCGGGUGGCUGUGACGCUGGUUACUAUUGCUCAUUAUCGGGAGGACUCGAAGCACGGCCGAACGGAACAACUUCAGGUGCUGUCCUAUGUCCGUCGGGGUCCUACUGCCCUUCUGGAACCAGCGUUGCACAUCCUUGCAGCCCCGGGACAUACGGGCCUUCACCAGGGCUGGCCGCUUGCCAGGGGUGCCCGAGCGGGAAAGCAUGCGUACAGCCAGGGACCAUCACGCCGACGGUAUGUCCGCGG